CGGGCACGGUGGCUCGCUCCCUAAGGCUUCAGUUCACUUCAGGAUGAGUGGCCCUGUGGCACUCUGAGCCGGGAUUAACAGAGCAGAGAGCAGUUUGUCCCAACAGCCGCUCGCCCAAGGCUGUCCAGCACAACACGAGCAACACCUAGUUCCACCUCAGGAGUCUGAAAAUGCUGAUGGAAGCUGGUUACACUAAUGGGCUGGAGCCUGACCUUUCCCAGCAGUAUCCUCCGCCCUUACUGCCAAAACCAGGCAAAGACAACGCGAGGCUUCAGAAACUCAAGAAGAAAAGAGCCAAGAAAAAAGGCAGCCUCUCUCAGACGCCCGUCCCCUUUCGCUCCUGUUUGUCGCCUGUCAAUGAAGCAAGCACAGACCUCGAGCACAGUGACCAGUCCAGCCCACCAAAAACACCCGAUUCAGUCUAUGUUGCAGACCCAUCAGUGUCCGGUUUCCCGUUUGACUCCCUUUACAAUCACUCUGCAUCUGCAUUCCCUCAUCCUCGGAGCAACCCCCCUUCCCAAACUGGCAGCUUCCCCCCUCAGUCCUACGUAAAUCAGAUCAAGACUUCUGAUGAGCAGGUGGCUCCGCUGUAUGAGUGCUCCUCUUUUUUAUUUGAUGACGUGACUCCUUCCAUGAUGCCACCUUCGGCUUCACCACCCCCAUCAUCACCUGAGCAAGUUCCAGCACCACCUCUUCCUUUUACGAUCAAUUCAAACAUGACACCAAAUUCCCAUGGGUCAGUCACAACAAUCCCUCCAGUUGGUGUGUCGAACGCCAGCACUAAAAUAUCAACUCACAGCCUGACCCUAUCCCCAGCCGCCCCAAACUGUGGCCCAGGCCUGGCACUUUCUCAGGUUGCAGACCUACCUCCUCUUCCAGCGCUGCUAUCAGUUUCAAACACUCAGACACAACCUUUUAUUCCCAGCCAGAGGGAGACAAACGGCAGUUUAAAGGACAACCCUCAGAGCCAGACUGCAUCUUGGACUGCCAGACCUAUCAGUAAUGGCAAUUUUGUUCCAAGCCAAACGUCCCCUGAGAUCACCGCCUCAAAAAUAUCACUUGUUGAAGCAGUGAAAGAGAUAAGGCCUGACACCCUACAAAGCAGGAUUUACACAUCAAAGGCAACAUUUUAUGAAAUCUCUAAACCUCCUUCUAUCCAGGACCUCUCAGCAAUAAACCCAGCCUACCAGGAAGCAUUGUUGUCUGACAUAUACAGAAAGAAAACAGCUGUAACAGUGCUGAAAACUGAUCAGAAACUUAAUGUGUCCAAGACCCCAUGCGGAAGACCUAAGACUCCCUCUUGUACACCAGCUCGAGUAUCCACACCCUUUAUUGAAAUUUCCAAACCUAACCCACUUUUAUUUGCUGCUUUCAACUCUUCCAAAAGUCUCCAAGAUCCUGCAGUUCCCAACGAGCCUCCAAGACACAAACCAGUGAUUCAAACUAGCGCCAUGAGUAAACCUCCAGCUGCCACAGAAGAACUGAAGCAGACUGAUAAUAACCACAUUACUUCAAUCAAACAAUCCAGCAAUUACAAAGACAUAGAGAUCCAAAAUACACAAAGGAGUGCAAUAAAUCUAAGCUUUGCCAAUACUGAGCUGUACCCCAUAGAGAACUUAGCAUCAAGUAUGACUUCACCUGACUCUGCUGUGGUCAAACCAACACUAAUAGAACCAGUCACCCCACAACUAAUAAAAGACCAAGUUUCUGAAAGUGAAGCUUCACCUUUGCCAAAGGUUCCAUCAUUCUCCACUGCACCAAAGACUUCAAAUCUUAACUCCAUGCCAGUGACUUCAGUGCAAGCUCGACCAAGUCCAAGUCCACUAAUGUCCCCUUAUCGUCCUCCAGUGGUUGAUGCAAGAAAGUCUUUGUCGUCACUACUGGAGAGUCAAAUGUCAUUAGGGACCUCAAAGCCCAAAUCACGAUCAACAUAUUAUGGGCUUACUCCAACUGAGUAUGCUGCCUACGGUGGGAUCAGGACUAUUGCAUCACAUCACAGCCCUGAACCCCCCAGGGUUAAUGAAACCUCUUCAAACAAAACACAGUCAGAUGUCGAUGUAGAUGGAUCACACAUCUCAAAGUCUGAUGCAACAAAACAACUCAAUGGAAAUCAAGAUCUUCCGUCUUCUAUGCAGGUUUCUGAGCUUCCAGCUGAACGGAUCGUCACACAUGGCAAAGAGGCAUUUGAGGAAAGUCAGUCUGAAGCUCAAAGUAUUGGAAUACAGUCACUUAAAACAUCUAGCGUGGACACAAUAAAACCUGAGCUUCCCCUUGGCUUGGCACAGAAAUCAAUUCAACAAUCUACAAGUGAUCCAUCCACACCAAAAGCCUCAUACUCUGAGGCUCCAAUACCAAUGCUUAAAGCAGGUGAGGUACCCACACAAAGAGCGGCAGUAUUUUCUAUAGACGCAGUGCUAAAUACGACUCCAUGUCUUAUUGAUAGCAAUGAUCUGUCGAGUUCUUCCUUACCCUUAGUGAAAGUAGAUUCAAAUGCAGAAACAAAGCAUAGUGGAAAAGGGAUAGAUGUUGCAGAGAAAGGUGGUAAUCUUGAGAAAACACCUACAAAAGGAGAAUCCAAAGUCAGAAACGCAAAACAACAGUCAGGACAAGUAGAGACAGCUCUGGUCCAGUCUUAUCAAACUGCUGGUGGAGUCAGUCCAUCAACAGCCAAUGGUUUCAGUGCCCCCGUCACUGCCAAACCUGUUAAAGACCUAUUUGACCAUAAAAACCUGGUUGCCACAGAGUCAGAACCCAAAUUCUCAGGGAGUGCGAUCAUAAAUGGUGCGUUCAACUUAGGAAUACAACAAGCCACCAGACUGAUUUCAGAAACACCAGUGCCCAGUAAAGUAGCUACUGAAGCUGUUUUACACAAGGAAAGGGAAGAGGUGAGCCAGCAAAUAAAAGUGAGCAGGGAGGUAACUCUACCCAAUAAAACAAACCUGGGGAACAUUUUGCCUUCUGUGGCUGCAAACACAGACCGUAUCCUUGACAAAAUAAACACUGAGCCCCAAGUCUCAAAUUUAUUCGCUAAAGAACCAAUUAUCGCUAACAUAGGAUCCAUUUUGCAACAUGAACCUGUCACAGCAUCUGUAUGCUCUGCACAGUAUGGUACAAGCACGGUAUCCGCAGCUGCCCAAAGCACAAAAAACACACAACAGCUCAGCACAGAAACUAAAAUUCACAACAAUAGUCAAACAAUAGGAAACAAUAUCCAUUUCCCUGGAGAAGGUCUCUCUUUGAGAUUCUCUCAAGCACCAAUUGUACCAAGUACGCCUACUGUUAAUACUAACUUAGUGGGUACUACCAUAGACACCAAACUACCUGACCUUUCUGUCAAAGCUACCAAAUCACCCAACAUUUCAGGCAUCAAAUCCCCUUCAAUUAUGACCUCCAAUGUGCCCACAAAAGAGCCCCCAAAGCUAACCGACCCUAGUGAAAAUAUACCUUUCAACACACAGAGUAGCAUAUUAUCCAGUAGCCAAGAUAAAAUUGUUCAAAAAGUAAGCUUCCACACAAAGUCAAGCAGAACUAUAGUAGAGGCCAUACAGACACGUGGAACCAGUCUCACCCCUGCUGCAGACGCAAUACUGUCCACUCAAGUUAAUACAGGACCUAAACUCCCCACUAAUUAUGACAUUAACAGAGUCAGUGACUCAACAGUAGACACAAAAUUGUAUCCACAACCCACCAAUGGAAUAAUAGGUUUAUUGACUGGGAAAACACCAACAGAGCAUCUUCCCAGUUUACCCGUUAAAACAGAAAACAUUCAAACAAAAGGUGAGACUGAAAUGAGACCAGCUUCCAAUCUUUCACAAGGAAACACAGUACUGAACACCCCAAGCAGUGACACCAAACUGUCCAACAAACCACCCGCAGGAUUGCUACCAGUCAGCAAGUCUUCGACAGACUUGGUUCCAACUGGACAACCAGGAGGUGUAGAGCCUAUUCAGCGCAGCAGACCUGUUGUAGGAAGUGCUCAGGCUAAAAAAUCCAGUUUGGGCAGCAAUGUUAACAAUAUUCCUACCAUUGAAACCAAAGUCCCUAACGAGCUUCAUACAGAAGCUAUUUUGCCUAUUAUUACUGACCCAGCAGCAAGUGCUAAAUCAUCUUUUAAUACUGUGCAGGCUGACAAAACUACUGUACCGUCCAGCCCAACCAUAAGGCACGUCACACCAAAAAGCCCUCAGCUUAUAUCAGACAGACCUGAGAGUCGAACUGCAACAAAGCCAGGCAUCAAUGCAGCACCUGUUUCUGGCUCUGUUGCUGAAACAAGAAUCUACACAAACUCAAAAGCAGAUGGUAAACAGAUUGCCGGUCUUCUUGCAGAGCAAAGAUCACCUGAGACAUCUGCACCAGUUAAUACUAAAACCACUGUAAAAGAACAGUCCCCUUACAUCCAGCCAGCUCAAGUCAAUAAAUCUUUAGCAAGUCCUCUGACAAAAACUAAAAAUGCUUUAAUAUCUAAGACUGAACCAUCAAUUUCCUCUUCCUCUGGUUAUGUAGUGGCUAACAUAUCUAGUAUAAGUGUAGAAAAGCACACAGUUGCAAGUCAAAUCAGGUCUGGAGAUAAUAUUCAAACCUCUGUGAGCUCUCAGACUGGAGAGAAACAGUUUAGACAAUCUGUCAUGGAAACCAAGAAAUCUACUGAAACUAUUGUAAAUACUCAAACCGUCUCACACAUUGAUAACUAUGCUACUACAAAUAUUCACCCCCUUGCUGAAGCUACCAGAGAUGCAAAAGCAACUUUCAGCCCUUCUAGAGUAACUAAACCUUGGAGCACAACAAGAGCCUCCCCUCUACCCGAGCCAAGAGUGUGUAACACACCUAUUUCAGCCUAUACUCCAAUUUUGCCCCAGUCCUAUCAAACUCCCAUCUCUUUAAACCAUACUACAGAAACAAAACCGUUGCCAGUCAUUAUGAAAGACCAGAUAAACCCUCCCAUUAUACCUCUACGAAAUAAUACACCUGUUGGUACUGUUCAGCCCUCUGCUAAGUCAAUCACAGAGACAAUUUCAAAACCAGACAUUAAACCACCCACAACGAAGGAGGCUUCAGUCCUGACUAACAGUGCUGAGGUAAAAGAACAUUCCCAAAUGAACAAUAUAAACACAAACCAAGCAACAAAUGUCAGUAAGGAAGGGAAACUCUCCUCACUGAACACUGGAACUAGCACUCCCAUCCAAUCUACUGAUCCUAUUUUAGAUAGUAAACCCACUCUAAAGGUUCAGCCUCCCACUAAGCAGGUAAAAUCAAGACCUUCCUCUGCCACUUUAGAAAGGAAACCCUCAGUUGUAAAAACAGAUUCGUCAAAGUCUCACCCCGAUCUGGUCCAGAGUAGCUCGCACACCGGUAAUGUUCAGCCUCCCACAGCGCUACCAGUAGAGAACAUAUCCCCUGCAAAGCCAGCAACAGAUACUGUCAUGAAACCGUCCAUAGUUAAAACCGCUUUGAUUGACUCUGCCACUCCUGCCUCUCUGCCUCAGGCCUCAGUCUCAGUCAAAGCUCCAUCCCCAAACAGAGGAACGUCACUGCCAUCUCAGCAAAACACUGGACUCAAAGACAAGGACGUUCUGAGGACCAAAACUACAGCUGCUUUGAAGGAAGCCCCAGCAGUCGAACCCUCCACGAAGUCAGCGACAUCAACUGCAUCUUCAACUGCUGACAAGAGGACCGUUACAGCAGAUACAUCCCCUUCACCCAUUGAGCCCAAAGCAGCCCAGAAGCCAAAAGGCCUUAAGGGUAAGCUCAGCGGAUGGACACGGCUCAAGAAGCAUAUGGUCGUUGAGCCAGAGGAACCCCAGUUUCCAGAACCAGAGGCCAAAUCUCAGGUUGACUCCAGUGGCAGUAACAAGAAGACAGAUCAAGGUGGUGAUGAUAAGUCGGCAGCAGAACAAAGCGCCAAUCAGGAGGUGGUUAACAACAAUGGAAGUCCCAAGGCACUGAAGAUGUGGGACGCCCUCCUCUUUCAAAUGUUCUCUACCAAAGAGAAAAUCAUGCAACAGAUCAAUGCCAGCAAGAAAGAUUCAGACAAGAAAAAGGAACCUAAAGACAACCAAGCAGAAGUUCCUUCUUUCGUCAAUCGCCUGCCGAUUUUGUUGUACAGCCCUCGCUUUGAUGCCAGGAAGCUUAAAGAGGCAGCAGAGAAGCCGCUCUCGAAAAUAGCAGCAGUGUUUGAAAAAGGGCUGAUAAAACGCAGAUCCCAGGACGAAGAACGUAAGGACUUUAACAGGAAAGCAAGAGGAUUUGGUUCAAGGAAACCAACAGAUACAGAUGCGGAUACUUGAACUGAUGCGAAAGUGUUUGAGACUGAUAAAUGAUAAGUGAAAGUAGAAAGAUGAUCUCAGAUAGGUGGGGGAGCCUUAGCGAAGGAAUCAUAAGAAGAAACUUGAGAGAGAAUUGACAUAAAACCAUUUGCACAAUUACUUAAUUUAAUAAUUAAAUCAAUUUUAUAAAUUAAGGGGAAUUAUUCUUAAAUGGGAAAAAUGAUAUAAAAAGUGUAUAAAAGUGUAAUGGAUUCCUGCUCAGUCAUCAUCUACUUGAGCAAAUACUGGAGCUAGAACUUAAACUGGGAGAGUAAAGUUUCACAAAAACGAAAUUCAUCCCCAUGUCAAAUUAACAUAUAUAUUUCUGAUGUUUUCAUCAGUUCUGGUUAUUUAGUAUGUAUAGGUUGGUCAAUAUGUUUAUAGCUUUUAAAGGUAAAAAUCAUUAACACAGGGUUAAUACAGGUGUGGUAUCUUUGCACUUUUAAUAAAUCAAAUAAAGCUGUGACUUGAGAAAAAUAUGAUUUAAAGAAAAAAAAAUCAUACUACGCAAGAAUAGUUGAUUAGAUUUUUUUAAUUUGAUGAUGACCUAGUUGUAGUGUUGAAUGCAUGCACUGUAGAUAUAUUUUGAUAGAGAAAAGGUUGUUUCAUUUGUCACGCUCUAUCUUUUUCUAUUUUUCUAAAUAAUGUAAGGCUUUUAGUGCACACCGCUGGUAGGCAGUUUGUUAUCACUGUAAUAAAUAGGGCUUUUACAUUCCUGGAACAACAGGGCAGAUGGAUUUUGAAAGAAGGGAAACAAAGACAGAUGAAGCAUGAAGGUCCAGUCAGAACAGAUUUAGGUUUCUGCAAGUCAAGUAUGGAUGGAAAUGAAGAGUUGGAUGUCUGGGCUUUCGAUCAGGGCAAGAAACUACAACCACAAAGGCUGGUAGAUCUUGUGGCUGGGCAAUAUGGAAAAAUUAUAUUGAACACUUUUGUCUUGACUGGAAUAUUUCAACAACUAUUCAGUGGAUUGCCAAUAUCCUUAUGCCACCAUCAGGACAAAGUUAUUUUUUUAAGCCAUUGAGCUUUUUAGCAGAAACAGUUCUUAAUUGUUUGUGUUACUGUGCAUGGUAAAUAUUUGUUCUCUCAGCAUCAGGUUGUGUUGUUAAUGUGCUAGCUGGCUAACUAGCAUCUUGAAUCCCUCCUGUCGGUCGUCUGGUUUCCCUUUUUUAAUAAUACAGGCUAUUGCUGCCUGCUGGUGUGGGGAGUUAUUUCUUCUCACACAGGCACAGAACGUUCAUACUAGUUGGCUGUUGUUUGUAGUCUUUAUGGUGUGUUCAGGUGCAACUCUUUGGCCCUCAUCUGCACUAGUUCUCCGAUGUUGGUUUGGUGUGUCCAGGCCUUUAGAUGGUGACCAUAGUAAACUUCAUACCUGCUAAACAGCAUGUUAGCAUUGUCACAGUGAGAAUGCUGAUGUAAGCAUGUAGCUAAAAGCAUCGGUGUUCCUCAGCACUGCCUCACAGAGCUGUUAGCAUGGCUUUAAGCUCUAAGUGUUGUUUCCAUUAGACUACACAUGAAUGCGACUGAAUUCUCUAGUGUUUCAAAAAAUUACUUUGGGAGACGAUAUUGCCUUGUGGUAUCAUGAGACCACCCCAUCAUACAUUGCCCAGCCCUAAUACAACCCAAGAUUAAAUUCCAGUUUCACCAUAUCACCAGUGUUGUGUGGAAACUCUGUUUUUCAGUUUCAGUGAAAUACAUAAAGUUGUGUGUAUAUAUGUACUGAAUGAGGCUGUUCCUCAGUUACAAAAAGUUGGAGAUCUAUGGUUUCCAUCCAACACAGAUGAUACGAUGAAAAUAUUUCCAGCCAGUGCAUCAGGUUAACCUAGUGACUCUGUUGGUAGAUUGUUAUUUCCUGCCUUGUGAUGAAUCGUCCAGGACUUAGAUAGCAUUAGUACUGAGUUAAGACUGUGUCUAGGAUGUAAAAUAGGAUAUCAAUAAUUGAUAAAGAUGAUUAUAAUGAUGAUGAUGAUGAUGAUGACGAUGACGAUGAUGAUGACGAUGACGAUGAUGAUGACGACGAUGAGGCCUGCUGUAGGAAGACAGACUAACUGAAAACUGAGUGAUAGCUGGAAGGGGGACAGAUAUUAGAUGAAAGGUGUGAUGUUUCACAGCUUUGGAGGAUUUUGGUGCUGCAGUAGCAGAUAUUAGCAUGUUGUUGUUAUUUUGACGCUUUUUAUCUCUGUAGAGUUUUUAAAAUUGUUGUUUUCCACAAGGUGACCAGCAUGAUGUGGAAUUUCUUUUAGGUGAGGGGGACUUUGUCCCUGUGAGCUGACCACAGCCCCGUUUAUUACACUGAUUGUUAAGCUAAAACAUGUUUUUGUUUAUUGUGUGAUUCUGAAAAGGCAUAAAGUUGACUGAGAAAA